AUGCCUGAUGAACUGGCCCCCCCGCGUAAGAGUGUCGAACUCGAGGAUCCUGGUGCGAGGGAGCUUGCCGAUUCAAGUGACGAGCACUUCUCCGACGCCUCCGAAGGACGAGCAGCCCUCCGCAAUGAAGCCACUUCUCCUAUUCCAAUCACGCGUGUCGAGCGGGUCGAUGAUGAGCCCGCCCAUGGCGAAGUCCCUGGCACAGAGGCCUACAAGAUGCGGACCCAGGAUGCUGUACCCGACGAGGUCGAGAUCGUACCGGAGGGCUCGCGAAGUCGUAGUGCUUCGAGAGUGAGCGCAAGUGACCGGCCUCUGACACCGGGAGGCACUCCUGUUCCAAAGACCGUCGUUGAACGAGUGGAUGACGUGCCAGCCCACGGCGAAGUUCCCGGUACACUUGCGCACCAGCAACGCCUCGCCGACGCCGAGCCCGAUGUGAUUGUCAAGAUCCCCCAGCCGCCCAAGAACAAGACUGCAGGAUCGCCAACUCCCUCGCUUGAUAGGUCUCCCUUGAACUCCACCACUGACGGCGCAUCCGAAUCCUCCUCCCAUCCUCUCGAGGAGACUGACACGGUACCUGAGCCAGACGACGAGGAAGCGGAUGGAGAUAUGCCAGACGAAGACGACGAUGGCUUUGGAGACUUUGACGAGUUCGAAGAGGGCGGGAACGACGAUGACUUUGGGGACUUUGACGAUGGGUUUCAGCAAGGCGAGUACGAGGCAGAGACUACAUUUGAUAAUCCCCCAACACAUCAACCCCCGGUACCUGCCCCUUCACCAGGUCCUCCUGUCCUUGACUUCGCCGCCCUCACCUCCCCCGACUCCAUCACAACAGCCGCUCAACCCUACAUCGACUCCAUUUACCCCUCGCACGACAUCCCCGGCAUAUCCACCACCGACCUCGAACCCCCGCGCUCCAUGUUCCUCAGCGAACGCAGCCACUCCCUCUGGACCCAACUCGUUGCCCCACCCCCACUCCAACCCCCAGACUGGGUCCGCUCCCGCAUCCGCCGCCUCUUCCUCGUCUCCCUCGGUGUCCCCAUCGACCUGGACGAAAUCCUGCCAGCCUCGAAGCAAAAAAAACUCAUCCUCCCCUCCAUCCACAUCCCCGGCGACCGCUCCCCACGCCCCUCGUCCGACGGCCGCCUCACGCGUCUCAAGAAGGAAGGCGACAACACCUCGUCCACCUCAGUCGACUCGUCCAAAUCUGAAUCCCGAAGGAGAAAAGGUCCGCCCCCGCCCCCCGAACUCGAUCUCAGCAGCACGAGCAUGCUGUGUGCGACGAGCGAGGCUGCGCUGCGCAACUUCACCCUCGACGAGCUGCAGGCGCAUGUCAAGAGGUUGGGCGAGCUCGAGCGCCGCGCGCAAGAGGUGUUUGCUUAUUGGCAGGCGAGGCUGGAGAGUGCAUUGGGGGAUAAGGAUGCGUUUGAGCAGGUGAUUGAGAGUUUAGUGGCUCAUGCUAAGAAGUUGAGAUGA